AUGUCAUUUAACGUCAACUGGAACACCUUAGAAUCGGAAUCUUUGCGCGGCUGGACCAUCGAUCUUCUCACCGGAGCACUUAAUUCUGGUAAACGUCCCAAUAUCCUCGCGCUGGAUAUCUCUAUCAAAGACCUUAACUUCGGCAAAGUUGCCCCAGACUUUGAGAUUCUCGAGAUUGGAGAAUUGGAUAAGGAUAGAUUCAGAGGCAUUUUCAAGAUCACAUAUUCCGGUGAUUUCCACUUGACACUCCACACCCAGGUUCAGGCCAAUCCUUUAAAGAUUCACAGCGACAACUCCAUCGAGAAAGAGAUCUCCGAGGACUCAUUUGUCACCCCACGGUUCCUUCUAUCGAACAACUCGUUCAAUCUUCCUCUUGACCUCAAGCUUAGUGACUUACGCAUUCUGGGAAUUGGUAUCAUCGUCUUCUCAAAGACUAAGGGAUUGACCCUUGUGUUCCGCAAUGAUCCCUUGGAUUCAAUCAACGUUAGCUCUACUUUCGACACUGUUCAAGUGUUGGCAAACUUUUUGCAAAAACAAAUUGAGAACCAAAUUAGAGAUCUUUUUAGAGAAACGCUACCGACUCUCAUCCACCAGUUCUCGCUAAAAUACACCAGCUCUUUCACAAACAACGAUUUUAUGAACAACUUGAAAGAUCACCUCAAGGAUCAAGCUCAAAACGCAAGUCUGGAAACUGCCGAUUUUGAAACUGUCUCUCCCACUACAAUUACCAACUUGGCUAAACUAUAUGGCAGUCGCCAGACUUUGGAUCUCAGAAUCCCAGGCUUCAAAAAAGUUGUGUUACGUAAUCAUUUGGAGAAGUUUAACAAGCAUGUUUCUCCCAACUUGGCACACUCCUUGUACUCCAAUCUCAACCUAUCUGUUAACGGUGCCGUUACUCAGCACAACAAUAGCAUCCCCGUUGAUUUGUUGGAAACUGAGAAGUUCAGUCAGAAGGAUGAGAUUUUGAAAGAGAUUUCUACUAUUCAAAGCAAGUCUUUCUACUCCGCAAAUUCUGGUAGAGCCAAAAGACGGACCAUCAAGGUGGGACGCAAGAAGGCACAGAGUGUUGAGUCUACGAAGGCAAAGAUCCCAGAAGGCUUGGCAUCAACAUACAUGUCUGCCUCUAGUUCAACCGCUGUAGAGCUGAACGAGAAGGAGAGUGUACAGAGCUCCGAGCCAUUGAGAGCCAAGACCCAGAUACACCAUCCUCUGCCUGUCAAGAAGACACCUGUUCCAGACCGCUUAAGCAGCAAUGGCCGCCCAUCACCACUCAGUCACAAUUCUUCUUUUGUUGGAAGUUUAGGUUUGGGCAAUUCCUUGUUUGCUCGUUCAGGCCCCGCCUUAUCUGCAUCGCCUUUAAGAAAGGAUACUGUGAGCUACGUGGGAACCAGUCCUGUUGAGAAGGUGAGAAAGACACUCAAUAGAAUUGAUAUUGAGAAGAUCAACCGGAAGUUGCAAAUUCAAUUGGAGUUGCAGGAUGAGAAGAAAGAAAGAGAGCAUUUGUACAGUGAGGCUCCGCCACCAUAUUAUCAGGGUGUGAGACUAGGAUUCUAG